AUGAGUGAAGUUCCCUGCAGGAAACGUGAUGACUACCUGGAAUGGCCUGAGUACUUCAUGGCAGUGGCCUUCUUAUCGGCACAGAGAAGCAAAGAUCCAAAUUCACAGGUCGGAGCCUGCAUCGUGAACGCAGAGAACAAGAUUGUCGGCAUCGGGUAUAAUGGAAUGCCAAAUGGGUGCAGCGAUGACGUGUUGCCUUGGAGAAGGACGGCAGAGAGAAAGCUGGAUACCAAGUACCCUUACGUGUGCCACGCCGAGCUGAAUGCCAUCAUGAACAAAAACUCGGCCGACGUGAAAGGCUGUACUAUGUACGUUGCCUUGUUUCCCUGUAAUGAAUGUGCUAAGCUCAUCAUCCAGGCAGGUAUCAAAGAAGUUAUUUUCAUAUCUGAUAAGUACCACGAUAGCGAUGAGACCACAGCCGCGAGGCUCCUGUUUGAUAUGGCUGGGGUGGCCUUCAGGAAAUUCACACCAAAGUGCAGCAAGAUUGUCAUUGACUUUGAUUCAAUUAACAGCAGACCGAGCCAGAAGCUUCAGUGA